CAGCAAUACUGUUCCUACCCAUUACCCAGGGGUGUCCAAAGUGCGGCCCGGGGGCCAUUUGCGGCCCGCAGGUCAUUUUUUAACAGCCCCAUGGUACAUUUUAAAAAUACGGUUGAAAAAAAUUAAAAACAUAAAAAGUGGUAUAAAAGAGCAAACAGGUGAAAUGUAACAAGAACAUGUUGCAAUGCUUACUCUAAUAACACAAAGCUGCCAUGCAGGCUGUUUCUUUCUUUAAAAAAUAAUAGUGAAUCAAAAUCAAUGUCAUUAUGAAUUAUUGACCUAUUCAAGGCUCCAAUUACAUCACAUUAAAUAUUCCACUUUGAGAUAUUUUUUGGGGCAAAUGUUGCAUAUUUUGUGUUUGCCAUAUAAAAAACUGAGCUGUUUUUUUUAAAAGAAGGGCCUAAAAUGAACAAACAAAACACAUAAACAACAAUAAAACUUAUAAUUGACGGUUAGAUCUGAAGUUGAUCUCGAGACUAUUGUGUUAAAUGUAAACAGUAAAAAAAAUGUAUAAUUUAUUUUGUAACACUUCAAUGAGUAGGACCCUUUUGGAUCCCCAAUAAUUUUAGUGUGAUUUGUUUUUAAGUGUCAUUGGUCAAAAAAUAAUAAUGAAUUAAAAUCAAUGGUGUUAUUGACCUUUUUAAGGCUCCAAUUAUUAUAUAAUCUCAAAUAUUCCACUUAAAAAUGUUAUUGGGUGAAAAUAUUGCAUAUUUUGUGGGUUUUUUUUCAUAAAAAAACAUGGUUUUCUUUGACAAAAAGAGCAUACAACUUAAAUCUUUAAAAACGUUAUAUUGACAGAUAGACCUAAUGUUGAUCUAGAGAUUUAAAACUUGAAUAAUAAUAAAAAUAAAAAUACUGAAUAAUGACACAUUUUUAAUAUUUUUUUGACCAAAACCCUUUGGGGUUCCCGGGAUCAUGCCUGAGUGGAGGCCUAAAUGUAUAUUUUUUAUACAUAUAUUGUAUUGGUUUUUAAAAUAAAUGGCCCCCGCUUGCUUUGAUUUUUCAGUGUGCGGCCCUCAGUGGAAAAAGUUUGGACACCCCUGCCAUUACCGGACCGAUUCUAACAUGUGCAGAAUUAGCCAACCCUGACAUGCUGUAGAACAAUUUUAAAUAUUACCACAGGCUAUGGCACCGCAUACAGGCCAAACACACUCACUGCUCAUGUUUUUUCUAUUUUUUUGUCCCCCUACUUUUCUCACUUGUGCCUGUCAAUCAAUGUGCCAACAAGCAGGGUGUGUUCAAGUCUGCAGAAGAGCAGUGACCCCCAGCAACACAACUGUCCUAACUGUGGAGACACAACUGCAGGUUUCACGUUCUAAAAGCCAUUAGUGGCCGAUUACGUGACAUACGAUGGCAUUUAAGAGUUAUCCAUCAUUUAAAACAUCUCAAGCAAGCACAAUGCCUUAUGACAGGAUUUUGUCCAUUCAAAAACUGAACGAGGUUCCAAAUCCGUGGAAGGGAUUCACCGUGAACCGAUGCCUGGCGGUGACGCUGGCUGUCCUGCUUGUGAGCGCAGGGGUUUACCAAUUGCGCAAUGCUGUGGACUUCCUUGUGGAGGAGACCGGUCUCAGGACUUUCUACGGAAGUCUGCAAGAUGGUUCAAUAAUGCAGAUCUCCCUGUGGGACACAUUCAGGUCAUGGUGGGGAGCUGAAGAACUUGGAGCGAUAAGAAGACGGAAAAAACCCAUAGGCAGUAAAAUCAUCCUGAAGCCUAAACCUACAAAAGAAUAACAAGUUAGCGUACUUUGCAUUUAAUAACAAGUCUUACAUACCAUAGAGCAUUUUAAUGGACAUUAAUGACACUUAACUGGUGACAAUACAAUCAGUGGUUCCCACCAGAGUCCAUUAGGGAUGAUGGGUGGAGGUGGUGUUGAGUCGCUGAAUGAUGUCAUCUAAAUGAUGUCAUCUAAUUUGCAUAACUGACCAUGACGCAUGUGCGCACAAAUGUAAUUAACGCUGUGGGAGAGAGUAUCAACGUGUGAGAGACAAAAAGUAAGUAAAAAACAUGAA